GCCGGGGGGCAAGGCCUCCGCUUAGACACGGUCUUCCCGGAACCCGAGGGUGCACCGCGAGUGUGCAGUCUCGGGGCGGAAAGAGGGGUCGGGGGGAGGGCAGCGGAGGCUGGGCUGCCCACCGGUGUCCCACGCGCGUGCGCGGACGGUGGCACGCGCGCAGAAGGGACGGCGCGUGCACGGGAAUCGGUGGGCAGCAGGGCGGGGCGACGCGGAAGUGGGCUCGGUGAGCUUGGGGCACAGGCCGGGGGACAGACAGUUCGCCCAACCUUCCUUCGCGCCGCCUCGUCCUACCUGCGGUGGCAGAAGAUGUGACGGGAGGGCUGCCGGCGGCCCGCGGACGAUGCUCGCGCUCCUGGGCGCGAUGACCCUGAUGCUGGUCGCUGGGGCGCCGUGGGUGUUGCCCGCAGCCUCAGGGGGAACAAAUCUAAAAUCUCCUGAAAAUGGCAGGGUCUGCAUCAUUGAUGACAGCUUUAUCCUGAAGUGGAACAGCAGCAGUGAGUCUGUCAGGAAUGUGACUUUUUCAGCAGAGUAUAAAAUACCAGGGAUGGAUAAUUGGAAGAAAUUGCCUGGGUGUCAGCAUAUUACUAGUACCGAAUGCAACUUUUCUUCAGUCAAGCUUAAAAGUGUUUAUGAAGAAAUUGAAUUGCGCAUAAGAGCAGAAAAAGGAAACAACACUUCUCAAUGGCAUGAGGUUACGCCAUUUAUACCAUUUCAAAAAGCUCAGAUUGGUCCUCUAGAUGUACAUUUAGAAGCUGAAGAUAAGGCAAUAAUAAUAAACAUCUCUCCUCCUGGGACAAAAGAUAGUAUCAUGUGGGCUAUGGAUCAUUCCAGCUUUAUUUAUACCUUAGUUAUCUGGAAAAACUCGUCAAGUCUAGAAGAAAGGACUGAAACUGUUUAUUCCAGAGAUAAAAUUUACAAACUCUCACCAGAGACUACUUACUGUUUAAAAGUUAAAGCAGAACUACGUUCACCAAGAAGAGUUGGUUUCUAUAGUCCAGUGUAUUGUAUAAACACCACAGAGAAACAUAAAGUGCCUUCACCAGAAAAUAUACAAAUCGAUGCUGAAAAUCAGGUCUAUGUUCUUAAAUGGGAUUACGCAUAUGAAAACACGACUUUUCGAGCUCAGUGGUCCCAUGAGUUUUUAAAAAGGAUCCCUGGGAGUCAUUCAGACAAAUGGAAACAAGUACCAAACUGUGAAGAUGUCGCAACUACCCACUGUGUGAUUCCUCAAAAUGUUUUCCCAGAAGGAAUUCACCGUAUCCGUGUACAAGCAUCUAAUGGAAAUAACACAUCUUUCUGGUCUGAAGAGAAAAUAUUUAAUACUGAAAUGAAAACUAUCAUAUUUCCUCCAGUCAUUAGCAUGAAAUCCAUUAAUGACGACUCACUGCACGUCUCUAUCGGUGCUCCAAAAGAGUCUGAAAACAAGUCUGUGAACCAGCCUUACCUGCUAAUUUAUGAAGUUAUUUUUCGGGAAAACACUUCAAACGCUGAGAGAAAAGUUGUAGAGACAAGAACUGAUUUUACUUUUCCUAACUUGAAACCGCUGACUGUAUACUGUGUGAAAGCCAGAGCAGUCACUGAGAAUGACAAGUGGAAUAAAAGCAGUGUUUUUAGUGAUACUGUGUGUGAGAAAACAAAACCAGGAAAUACUUCCAAAACCUGGCUUAUAGCUGGCAUCUGCACGGCAUUAUUUUCUCUCAUUGUUGUCAUCUAUGUUGCAAAAGUCCUCUUGAGAUGCAUCAAUUACGUGUUCUUCCCAUCAAGUAAAACUCCUUCCGCUGUAGAUGAGUAUUUCUCUUCACAGCCAGUAAGGAAUCUACUCCUUUCCACUUCUGAGGAACAAACGGAAAGAUGUUCUAUAAUUGAAAAUGCAAACACUAUUACUGUAAUAGAAGAGACUAAUCCAACUGAUGAAGAUCACAAAAAGUACAAUUCCCAAACUAGUCAAGAUUCGGGAAACUAUUCUAACGAAGACGAAAACAGUGGAAGUCAAAUAAGUGAAGAACUUCUGCAACAGGAAACUGUGUGACCAGGAAUGAACUCUAAAAUAUUAGGGGGUCUCGCGGGAGUUGCAGUGGGAACCUGGGCUCCUUGCUCCUCUCAGUAACUAGCAAGAGACUCUUUGCUUGUGGGGGAAGAAAGAGCAUCUUCAGUUAGUAGGUCCUAAAAACACAGGCAAGCACUUAAGUAUUUGAAAGGAAUUUGGAGAAGAGUUUUCUACAUUCUUCUCCAUGUGUAAGGUCUUGAAAGACCUGUCAUGGGACCGCCCUGGAUGAGAGGAGUUAAAUCCAGAAGGUGCCCUCUGUCUUCCUAAUGAUCCCCUAAGCACCACCGUGCGUGCCGUCGUGUGGUAAGGGCGGCGCUUGCGUUCCCAUCAGCUGAUACCGUCGCCGUGCUGCCACUGCUGCUGCAUGUACCAUCUGUCGCUUCUCCAUCCCAGUAUUACAGUCCGUUAUUUUUCAGGACAUAUUUAGAACAUUUGGUCUUUUCUUUGGACACGAAAGUAGGCCCUUUGGAAAUGUCUUUAGAAAAGCCUGAAUACUACCAUCACUUGGUUUUCUGAAAACGUAGCUUACUCUGGAAAACAGCUGCAGAUGCCAGAAACAUGGUGUGGUCCUUACAGUUUUUUCAGGGGAAUUCUAUCCGUUUUACCAAUUACACUGGCUUCUACAUCACAGUUACCUAUCCCUUCUAGGGUUUAGGAUUAAAACCAGAAAAUCUUUUGCUAUA